AUGGAGAAUAGAGGUUUGUGGCCCAUGCUGCAUUUUCCAGGUCUACUCGUCAUGAAUUAUGGGGCAUGGACUAUAAAGAAUGAAGUCAUUAAAAGCUUCAGAUCUCUGAGCUUAGAUUUUGACACAAUUUUGCCAGAAAAUCCUCAGGAUUAUGACAACCUUCAGCCGCCCAAAGAACAAGGUAAAGCUACGGUUGUUAGAUUCCACGUGACAGUGCUUAGUUUGGAUACAAUAGAUGAAGGAUCCAUGACCUAUGUCGCAGAUAUUUUUAUGUCUCAAAGUUGGAAAGAUCACAGACUACAACUGCCAGAAAAUAUGACAACGAAAUAUCGCCUUCUGCCAAUUAGUUGGUUGAAGAAAAUGUGGCGACCAGAUUCGUUUUUCAAAAAUGCCAAAAAAGUUACAUUUCAAGAAAUGACUAUUCCUAAUCAUUACAUCUGGCUGUAUAGUGACAAGACCAUCCUUUACAUGGUCAAAUUAACGCUUCUGUUGUCCUGUGCCAUGAAAUUCGAAUCCUAUCCACACGACACACAGGUUUGCACAAUGAAAAUUGAGAGUUUAUCUUAUACAACGGAUGAUCUGAUUUUCGACUGGGAGGAAAUUGUUCCUCUGGAAGUCGACGAUGCCAUUGAAUUGCCACAACAUAACUUAGUGGAAACAAGACUUGGGGACUGCACACAAGAAUAUUCCACUGGAAAUGUUCACACUAAUCUGAUGAGUCCAAUCAGCUACCGUCGCAAAAACUGCUGUAAAUACCAUAAGAAUUUCUCUCUAGGAUUUUUCUCCAUUAUCCGAGUGUCUUCAAUAAUUGAGGUAGAACCGUGCCGGAUACUUGUCAUCGAAGUUGUCUUGAAGCCAACUGUCAUCGAAGAUGUCAUGAAGCUACCUGUCAUCGAAGAUGUUCUGAAAAAGAUACUGGUCAUCAAAGUUAUCAUUGAGGCUACCUGUCAUCUAAGAUGUCCUGGAAG